AUGACCAAGGGCUCCGUCGUCGUCGAACCGGACAUCCUUCUUCGGUUCUCUGCGCUUCAUCGGCUGCUACGCGUUACGGCCUGGUGUCGUCGAUGGCUCAACGUGGCGAGCCGAGAGGUCACACUUGGUCGUCCGCUGCAUCCUGACGAGCUGGACGCCGCCCUACUUCAGUGGCUUCGAAUUGUGCAGGCACUCCACUUCCCGGACGAGAUAGCCGCUGCCACUGCGGGACGUCCCGGUCCACCACGCAGUUCACUGAUCAAACUCAGUCCAUUCCUCGACGACCAAGGUGUACUGCGCGUAGGAGGGCGCCUCAAACACGCUCUGCUGCCUUACGACGAGAAGCACCCGGUGAUCGUUCCGCCGGCCUCCUGGAUGACGCGACUGCUCAUCGAGUCCUGCCAUCGUCGGUCUCUACACGGCGGCGUCCAGAUGACUCUCGGCUUGCUUCGUCAUCGAUUCUGGGUGCCACGAGGAAGGACCGUCAUUAAGCAGCAACUUCAUCGGUGCGUCACUUGCACUCGCUGGCGAGCGGCCACUCCACAGCCUCCAAUGGGCAACCUUUCGCGUGACCGAGCUAUCCACCUCGAAGUCGUCUCGGACUACAGUUCCGAGGCCUUCAUCGCCGCCUUACGUCGUUUCGUUUCCCGCAGAGGCCUCUGUACGGACGUGUACAGCGACUGCGGCACGACGUUCGUCGGCGCCGAUCGCACCCUGCGCGAGCUCUUCAAGGCGUCAUCUUCCGAGGGCCAUCACAUCGCUCGCGCCGCCAACAAUCAAGGGAUCCGCUGGCACUUUAAUCCGCCAGCGGCCCCUCACUUCGGUGGUCUGUGGGAGGCUGCCGUAAAAUCCACAAAGUUCCACCUCCGUCGAGUAAUCGGCGAAACCACCCUCACAUAUGAGGAGCUUAGCACACUCCUCACGCAAAUCGAGGCGUGUCUUAAUUCUCGUCCGUUGCAGGCUUUAUCAGACGAUCCGGACGACACUUCGGCGCUCACACCAGGCCACUUCCUCAUCGGGGCGCCACUAUUAGCCGUACCUGAGCCAUCGUCGACUGGUCAACCAGCAUCCACACUGUCACGCUGGCGUCAUCUCCAAUUGAUGCGAGACCAUUUUUGGCAGCGUUGGUCAGCGGAGUACGUGCACGGCCUCAACCCCCGCACCAAAUGGGUCAAGUCCGAGGCCGCACCUCACGUGGGGGACCUCUGUCUCAUUCGUUCGGAGCUCACCCCUCCGACCCGAUGGCCUCUCGCACGGAUCACGAGACUGCAUCCCGGGGACGACGGUAUCGUCCGCGUGGUUUCGGUCCGCACCGCCACAUCCGAAUUCGUGCGCCCGCUCGUUAAAUUAGUCAUGCUUCCGGGCGCGGAUCGUAUUCCUGGCAUGACUAACGCGGACACAUCGUCCGCCGGCACAUAA